AUGUUCAAAAAGCCAUUGGCCAAUCUCAAAUCAUUCAGUCCUUUACGUUCAUCCGAUCGCAGACGAUUCCAAAACGAAGCUUAUGAAGCAUAUCCGUCUGUCAAAGAGAUUUGCACAGCAGCAACUGAAGAAGGCGCGUCUACUCACCUCAUGCCUGACGAUCUUCGUUCUGCCAAGUUUAUAUCGCAUACUGGAACGGCAGGUGUUGUGUACAAGUCAGAAAAGCAGGCGCUGUGGAUAUCAUUGGAAAACCUGCCUCCCAUCCCUACAGUAUACACCAUGUGGCAGUAUCCAAGCAUGUUGCCAAAACUGUACACUUGGGGUCCUGUUGUGCGUAGACUAAUGGAUGGCGCAGAUUUGAUGAUUCCGGGUCUUGUGCUCGGUCCCGAGGGUAAAUUACCAGAGCUCAGCACGGGCGAUUUAGUAGCCAUCACUAUCAAAGGAUAUCCCGUACCACUUGCUAUCGGUACAAUGGCAGUACCUACAUCAGAAAUUAGACCUCGCUCUGGUAUGAAGGGAAAGGCAGUACACAUCAUUCAUGUAUACGAGGACUAUUUAUGGGCCAUGGGAGACAAGUCAGGACCACCAGAAUUAGAGAGCAUUUCUGAUGAUGAAUACGAGGAGGAGGAGGAGGAGGAGGAGGAGGAGAAUGAAGAAGUAGGAGAGGCAGAGCAUGACGGAAUUAAGCCAUCAGAACCAGAACAGUCGAUUGAUACACAUGAAAUGACGCAGAAGAUGGAAGAGGCAUCGAUAGCGGAUACAAAGACUACUGCCAAGCAACUGACAACGCCUGAAAUCGAUGAAUGGCUCAAGAAGUCUCUUUACCACGCACUUGUUUUCAAGAUCAAGUCUGAAAAUGCAUCCAGCGUAUUGCCUUUAUCCGCAUCUUCCUUUUAUUCCGCUUACAUUAUGCCAUGCAGGCCUGUGGAUGUGGGAUCAGAAAUAGACAUAAAAAAAUCAAGUUGGAAAAAGCUACAAAAAUUCCUGAAAGCCAUGGACAAGGCUGGAUUACUCAAGACCAAAGAACAACGGGGAGAGACAAUGGUCAUUUCCGUCAAUUACUCACAUCCCAGUCUGCAAGAUUUGCGCAAGUACAAGACAAUGGAAUCUGCAGCAGCACAGUCAGCCACUGCCAAAGACAAUGCUGCCAAAGAAGCUGCUGCUGUGGCUGCUGCUACAUCUACCUCAGCCAAAGAGGCGGCUGCUGCUAAAAGUGCAUCCAAUCAAAUUGACAUUCAAGAGAUCUACAAACCGCUCGGGAACAGUAUGCAAAAGCUGUUUGAGGAAGCCAAGCAUGACAAAGACGGCGUCUACACUACUCUGCAAGUACGUCAAGUGAUGAUGGAUUAUAUCAAGAUCCAUAAUGCGGUAGACCUUCAAAACCAAAAAAUGAUCAACAUUGAUCCCACUUUGUGUGAUGCUCUAUUGACAAAGCCAGAAUACAACUCCAUCAACAAACUCACCAGAGACCAGAUUCUACAUCGCAUGUGUCAGAAAAUGCAGCCAUUUCACUCUGUCAAGCUGCCUGGAAAAGAAGCCGUGUUAAAGAAAGGAGCCUGUAAACCCAUUGAAAUUGUGCAGGAAGUGAGACAAGGCAGAAAGACCAUCACCAAAGUCACUGGUGUGGAAGGCUUUGGACUGGAUGUAGACGAGCUCUCCAAAGAGCUGACUCGAUUGUGUGCCAGUAGUGCCACCUACAAUCCAAUCCACGGUGUCAGCCCCAAGAACCCGCUGUAUGAAAUCAUGGUGCAAGGGCCACAGAUCAAAAACAUCAUGCAUCUGCUUGUUAGCAAGGGCGUUCCACCACGAUUCAUCGAUACAGAAGACAAAACUGCAAAGAAGGGCAAAGGAAAAAAAUAA